AUGUCUACUAACAACAAACAACUAUUCAUUGGAUUGGAUGGAGGCGGUACAAAAACAUUGUCCAUCGUGAUCGAUGCUAAUGGUAAUGAGUUGGGCCAGUUCAUAUCAACCUGCAGCAAUCAGAACAGUGUUGGAAAGGAACAAGCUAAAGUUGCAAUCAUGGAGAGUAUCUCAAAGGCAAUAGAGGCAGCGGGCGCCGCACCAAGCGAUGUCGUAUCGAUCUGCAUGGGCAUCAGUGGUGUCGACCGUCCUGAGGACCAGGCCAUGGUGGGCGGAUGGGUCAAAGAGCUGCUUCCAAACACAGUCUACGAGAUCCACAACGACGCAGUGGUCGCACUCUCCUCAGGCACACUCGGAAAGCUCUACGGUGUCGUCGUCAUCAGUGGCACUGGCACCAUCGCCUGGGGCAUCAACCGCCAAGGUGUUAAAUCAAGGUCGGCUGGCUGGGGACCACUGUUGGGUGAUGAUGGUAGUGGAUAUCAAAUUGGAUUCGAUAUCCUCAAGCAUGUUUGCCGUGCAAAGGAUGAGUCGGGUCCAAAGACCCAGUUGACACAGGCCGUAUUCAAUAAACUGGCCAUCAGUAAGGAGGAUGAUCUGAUUGGAUGGGCCUACGACAAGGCCAACUCUGGUUGGAGUAAGUUUGCCGAGCUGUCUCCACUAGCCACCGAGUGCGCCAACAAUGGAGACAAGGUUGCACAGUCCAUUCUCGAUAUCAAUGCCAAUGCUCUUGUUACAUCGAUUAGAAGUGUGUUUGUCAAGCUAGGAUUGGACAAGUUGGAUGAGAAGGUACCUUUGGUACUUGCUGGUGGAAACAUUGAGAGGGAGUGCCUCUUUAGCCAAAUGCUGAGGACCAAGUUGGCCGAGGCUGUACCAAAUGCCGAGCCUAUAUUCCCCAAGUGCACACCAGGCAAGGGAGCUGCACUCCUUGCCAUGGAGCAGUACAAGAAGACACACAACGCACAAUAG